AUGGACUCUGUGGAGGAAAAGGUGGAGAUGCUGCUGAAUGGAGAAGGGCUGGAGGUUCCAGAUUCUGACUCUGAUCAUGUGCAGGCUGUAACCCUGAAAAAAAAUGUGUGCUACAUAGUGAGUGCGGUCAUCUUCAACUCUGAGGGUGAUGUGCUGAUGGUGCAGGAAGCAAAGAGGGAGUGUUACGGUCAAUGGUAUCUCCCUGCAGGCCGCAUGGAGGCGGGCGAGAGCAUCCGCGAAGCUCUGCGCAGGGAGGUAAAAGAAGAGGCUGGGUUUGAGUGUGAGCCAAUUACCAUGCUGCUGGUGCAGGAACAGCGGCGGCAGUGGCUCCGCUUCACCUUCCUCGCCGAGGUCACAGGGGGCUGCCUGAAGACACUGUCCGAGGCAGACUCGGAGUCCCUGCAGGCCCAGUGGUGGGAUCCCAAGGCUCCUCUUCCUCUGCGUAGCCAGGAUGUUGUGGGUCUCAUCGAUGCUGGAGUGAAAUAUCGCCAGAAGCCUUGGUUCCCUGUUUCUCUCCCCGUGAACAUGCCUUGCUCUGUGGUGUGUCAGAGAUUACUCUUCGUCUUCAGCUGCAAGGAGCAAAUAUGGCUGCUUUUCGCUAAACACACAGACGGUUCUGAUACAGACGUUCGUCUUCCUGUGAUCGUCUCAGAAAAAGGGGAUUCGAUCGAACGGGCGGGGUACAGAUUCCUACAGGGCUGCAUGCGGACGAAUCCCGCGCUGCAGUUUAACAUGCAUGGACUUCUGGGAGUGCAACACGACAGCAGUGUACUGAGCCAAUCUGACGGGAUCUGCUUCAAUACAUUUGUGGCUAUGGAGCCUACUGAAGAAGGGGCGGAGCUUAGCAGCCUGCCGUUAUUGGACAACGAAAGGUACACUUGGUGCAAAGUGACCAAUCAAAGCUUAAAAUGCAAGAUACUACAGAGGAUAAAGGACAGAUCUUUCCUUCCCAUGAACAAAGUCUAAUUAUUUGUUUUGACUAAUUAACCACAACAAAUUUAAGCUACCGAGCGGGUUAUGCCGUCCCUUUACGGCGAUCCGACUUCUGCUGUCGCAAUGCAACAGUGUGCGACACACCGAGCGAUGCUGUUUGUAGUGUUUACUCCAUGAGAGAGAAGAAAAAAAAGUUAUGAAAUUAAUAGUAGAAUCGUUUGAAAACAUGUUAGUGAAAGUGGGAAUAAUAAACGAGACAGUUUCCUGCAGUGACGAAUCCUAAUCAUUCAAGAUCGACCUUUAGCAUUCUGUAGAUUAACCAAAAUUGGAAGUUUUCGUUUAAUGCUUAUUAAACAUUGGUGAAUAGUGAACAUAUCUUUUUUUGUACAUGAAGCAAAGAAUAAACACACAUUUUUAUGGCAUACAGAAGGCACGACAAUUUAGUCUGAAAAAAAACUGGAGCUGUUAAACUACAGGCAUUUUUUGUUGCUGUUUGACGACAGAAAGGGGGAGAGAGAGAAACACAAAGACAGGGAGAGAGACGGAGGGAGGGAGAGACGGCUAUGGAUAGAAAUCCGGAUUAAAAACACUGGAAAAAAAUGUGCCAAGUGUAUCAUGAUUGUCAUCUUUAUAUUAUCCGUGUGUGCACACAGAUCGGAUUGUUUCAUGUUUACAAGUCGCGCCAUUUCAACAACAAAGACUGAAUUCGUCAAAGAAACAAAAAAAGGAAAAAAAAAAUACACAA